AUGCACGCGCUUCACCCGCCAUCUAUAACGGCCAUAGACGACAGGAGCGGUGAACUGGGCGACAGGAAGGGUAAUAUGGCCUCUCUUAAAGCGAUGCUCCGCGUGCUCGUCGGUCCGGAUCACUCCAAAACAUGUUUAAUCUUCGAGAAGAACCCAGAUUCUAUUGAUCCCGAUCCUGCCAGUUACCUUUUUGAGGACCGUGGACAUCUGUUCCAGACAAAGUCUUGCGAUCAGCAGUCUGAGCUGUACUCUAGAAAGAUGACCAACUGUGAACAGCCCUGGACAAACCACAGCACUGGGGUCACUGAAGGACAGUCCGAAGCUAUAGUUGACACCUCAAACAGAUUGCCAAUGGCCGACGAACAAACGAUGAAACCAGACGUUUGCUCAUGGUCAGAUGUUCUGACUUCUUUUGAACCUGAGCACGGUCUCUCUCCUGAGUACUGUACUUGUCUCGCCAAUAUCCAAACUCUGCAUCGACCUAGACAGCCUGAGGAAGGCAUCACUGGUCCUGAAAAUCGUGAACAACAUGACGAACUCAAGCUCGAUGUUCCCGUACAAGACAGUGCUUUCUGUGAUGAAGAGGCCAAGUCCGACAACUAUCCUUGCGGCCUAGUGCACCCCAUUCCUAGGCCGAGUCUGUACAUGGCUGCGGACCCCUUCGGUUCGUUCCCAGAGACCAACGCCACAUCACAUACAAUAUCACCUUCUGCCUCGCGAGAGAGUCUACCGGGCUCGUUCAAGGACGGUUUCCGCAGAGUGCACCGUCCUUAUAGGCACAUUGAAGGCGCUAUGCUAUUCCACAACCAAGGCUCGCCGGGUAGCUCUGUGGCCACAGCCGACGAUCUUUAUACUCCUAUGGCCGGCACAUGCAGUGGCAGCACGCCUCUUCACUGCUCCAGCGGCGGACAGAUGGUGCCAUGGGAGAUGCAGAGUCCGGGAUCUGAGCUCCAGAACAACUACUUUUCUCAACUGCGUCAUCACGGUGGUCGGGUUGAAGAGAUUCCUCGCAACGCCACACUGGACGCCUGCCACGGUCUACCUUCUGUAGACUGCAGCCAGCACUACCCUCAGCAACCACCGUCUGUUCUGUACCCCUUCACACCUCAUGAAUACAACUCAACAAGCGCCAAUGACCGGAGUGCAGCCGACGAUGGACAUUGCCAGUUGACAUAUACUAACGCCGACCUCACGUACCCUCAGCACCGAUACGAAAUCAUGCAAUCUGCGCAAGCCAAAAUCACCAGCGACGGCGCCCUAAACCAUCAAGGACGAACAAGCACCAGGUCAAUCUCAUGCCACAAUGAAGUCCGAAAUGCAUUCUUGAUAGAGUGCAAACGCCGCGGAUUGUCAUACAAGGAUAUCAAGAGGCUCGGGGGAUUCGAAGAAGCCGAAUCAACCCUCCGUGGCAGAUUCCGGACCCUCACAAAGUCCAAGGAGCAGAGGGUGAGAAAACCUCAGUGGAAAGACAAAGAUGUGAGUGAACAGAAUUCCAAGCGUCCCUUUCGUUCUCAGCUGAUGCCCAACGCAGAUCAAACUGCUCUGCGAAGCAGUCAACGCCUGUUCGGGGUCUGGAAAGCAGACCUCUAA